CGUGAGGCAGACUUUGCCAACUUUUCAUCCGAGGUCCGCUGGGAGUAUAAGUUGCUGAUUAGGUACCUACCUAGGUACCUUACCAAAAAGUUCUGAUACCUUUUAAUCUCAUCUCCAAUCAAGUACAUUCAAAUCAAUCAUGUCACCUCAGAACUCCCGACAUGCGUACGGUGUGCUGCUCGUCGCCCUGCUGUCGUUGAUGCCCGCCGCCCACGCGCAGUCGGCGUGUGGCUUGCAGGGCUUCUCGUCGUGUACUGACGGAGACCGGACCACCGGUUACGGAUGCUGUCCCACGGGGUGGGACUGCUACGCCACCGAGUGCUCGUCCACCGGAACCCCGACCUUACCCGUCACGGCGACCACAACAGCGUGCCCCGGCAUCCCCGCUCACCACCUCUGCCCCCUGUCACUCGGUGGCAACUGCUGCUACCGCGCCUACGCCUGCGACCCCGACAACGUCUCGGAGUGUAUCUUGACCCAGACUGAGCGGGUGUUUGACGAGGUCGUGUCGUCGAUGAUCAUUAUCGGUAACGACACCCAGGAAUUUACUUCUACUACCAUCUUCUACCCCUGGCCCACGAUCACACCCCGGAUGACGCCCGAGCCCGUUGCCGAGUCCAAGACCGACUCCAAAACUACGACCGCCCCGACGACGACGACGACGACCACGGCGCCGACGGAGAUACAGGCCACUUCCACUCUCGCCACCGGUGCGGCCGGCCACGUUGAAGCCCAUAUUGGAGUCGUCAUCGGUGGCAUUGUCGCCGGUCUCUUGGUUCAGAACUAAUGCCCGCGCUAUGGGUAC